AGCUGUAAGAUGAAGCUUUACUACAGCUUAGGACUGUUAGUGCUGUUUAUUUUUUCAUCUGGAUGUGUUUCUUCUUUCAUUAAAAUGAAUCGAGGUAUUACAGUUAUGAAAGGAAAAUCUGUUUACUUGACAGAGGAUGAUCUGCAAUUUGAUAUCCCAAAGGAAAAGGAUGCCUGUAAAAUAGAGGUUGUCAUGAACGAACCCAUUACACAGAGGGUUGGAAAACUAACUCCACAGAUGUUCGAUUGCCACUUUCUUCCCAGUGAUGUCCAGUACAUCCAUAAUGGUUGCCCAAUUCUCAGUGAAGAUCAUGUCUUGCUCAGGCUUUACAGGUUUACAGAGUCAGACACCUUCACAGAAACAUUCCUACUAAAUGUCAAGAUAAUUGAAGCUGAAUGCAGCAUCAUUAAACCAGGAUUAAAGUCACUGGAAGUGAAUGAAUUUUUUGGCUUGUCUGAAGUUAUUGAUCAGAGUGUGCUAACUUUUGAUUUUGAGAAGAAUUUGAACCUGGAGUGCACUGUCAGGAUGGCCAGCGUGGAGACGCUCUUGCCAGCCUAUGGCCAGCUUGUCACUGGGGAACCUGAGAGAGAAGAGCCACGUGGUGAUCAGCCCCACAGCUUCUUUCCAAGAACAAGUAUGUCAAUGUUCAAUAUUUUUCUUGAAAUAAGAAGUAAGCUAAAGUGUCGAGAUGGAAGCUGCUACAAAGGACUCCAACGGAUCCAUACAACCAAAGUGAGCUGUGAUGAAUUCCUAACAAUGGGACUUCGCUAUCAACAUCUCAACCCCCCUUCACCUGAUAUUGAUUACAUUGCCAUCCGUUUGGACCUUACUGAUACAAGAAGUGAUACUAUUUAUAAGACUGAGCAUUCUUGGAUCUCAGUUCAAAUAAAGGAUGCCAUUCCUAACCAGAUCCCCAAGGCAGCCUUCAUGUCCAUGUUUAUUCUGGAAGUGGAUCAGUUUAUCUUGACCCCACUAACAACGAGUGCAUUGGAUGCCGAAGACAGUGAAACACCCAAAUCCUUGUUGAUCUUUAACAUCACCAAGCCACCUCAAGAUGGUUAUAUCACUCAUCUGGCUGAUCAUACCAAACCAAUCACCUCUUUCUCGUGGAGGGAUCUGAAUGAGAUGCUAAUAGGUUAUCAGCCACCAAAUAGCAGUCAUACUGAGCGACGCAAUUAUGAGGUGGAGUUUGAAGUCCAUGAUUUUUAUUUUGCAAAGAGUGCCCCCAUUUUGGUCCAUAUUUCCAUCAGAACUGCAGAUACAAAUGCUCCCAGGGUUUCUUGGAACAUGGGGCUUGAUCUUCUUGAAGGCCAAUCUCGACCAAUUACGUGGAAGCAGUUUCAGAUUGUGGACAAUAAUGAUAUCAAUGCAGUCCGUCUUGUCACUGUGGAUGGAUUACAACAUGGGCGACUCACUGUAAGAGGUGGAAAAGGCUUCAUGUUUGCAGUAAAUGAUAUCAAGGCUGGUGUUGUACGGUACCAUCAUGACGACAGUGACACAACAAAGGACUACAUUGUCUUCAGAAUAUUUGAUGGGCGGCACAGCAUUCGACAUAAAUUCCCUAUCAAUAUACUGCCAAAGGAUGACAGUCCCCCAUUCCUUAUCACCAAUGUGGUGUUUGAACUGUAUGAGGGACAAACUAUACUAAUUCGAUAUUCCAUGCUGCAGGCUUCAGACAUGGAUUCCAGUGAUGACUACAUUCUCUACAAUGUCACAAAGCUUCCACAUGCUGGUGAAAUUGUGAAACAGCCAAGCAGUAGAGUUACAGGUUAUCCAGUUACCAGCUUUCUGCAGAGGGAUCUCUUUAAUGCCCUGAUAUAUUACCGUCACUUAGGAGGCGAGAUAUUUGAGGAUUCAUUCGAAUUCAUUCUGUCUGACAGCUCUGACCCACCAAAUCUGUCUGAAUCACAGGUUGUCAUAAUACACGUUACUCCUGUAGAUGAUCAGCUUCCAAAAGAGGUGCCAGGUACUGUACGGCAUCUAACUGUGAAGGAAACAGAAGUCAUUUACCUGACAAAAAAGCAGCUGCAUUUCACUGACACUGAGUCACCAGAUCGAGAACUGUCCUUUACAAUAACAACUCCUCCAUUCUGUGUAUCACACAGUAGCCAAGCUGAUGCCGGGAAGAUAAUAUUGGCUGAGUCUGUCCCAAGGCUGGUUAAAGAUCAAUUAGUUCCACCUCUGAGGACCUUUACACAGCAUGCUGUUAAUCACAUGAAGGUGGCCUACAUGCCUCCCUUACAAGAUAUUGGUCCAGAUCCCCAGCACUUCAGGUUUGUUUUCUCUGUCAGUAACCAGCAUGGUGGCACCUUAAUUGGCAUCUGUUUCAACAUCACAGUUUUGCCCGUGGAUAACCAGGCUCCUCAGGUUCUUACCAAUCCAUUGACAGUUGAAGAAGGCGGUGUGCACUGGAUAACUGGAGAACAUGUACUAAUAUCAGAUAUUGACAGCAAACUAGAGCAAAUUAGGAUACAGCUGCAAAGAAAACCACUCCAUGGUAAGGUACAGUUUACUGGACUUCCAUUGAAUGAAGGAGAUGCAUUCAGCUGGGAAGCACUCAGCAGCCACAAAGUCAGGUAUUUGCAUGACAGCUCUGAAACUCUGCAUGACAGCAUUCUUCUUACUGCUACAGAUGGCCUUAACUCUGCAGACUUUGAACUACUAGUCAAGGUUCUUCCUGUAAAUGAUGAGCCCCCAUUAAUGAAGACGAAUCUCAUCCCAGAACUGCUUUGCCCUGAGAAUGGGGAGAUGGUUAUCACAUCGGAGUACCUUUAUGCCACUGAUACAGACAGUGAUGACACUAAGCUGGUUUUUAUGAUUGCACGCCGACCCUACCACGGGGUUGUGCAUAGAAGUGGUAUCACUGCAGACAGAUUCACACAGGCAGAUGUUUCCUCUGGUAUCGUCACCUACAAGCACAUAGGUGGAGAGAUUGGCUUGCUUUCCAACCAUGAUGUAAUCACCCUAGUAGUAUCUGAUGGAGAAGCUAGCACAAUAAUAGAUGGGUGUUGCUACGAUGGGUCUGUCCCACUUCCUCUCCCACUACAUGACGCACUUCCUGUGUAUGAUCUUAACAUUACUGUAUUUGCCGUUGACAACCAGCCACCAUCCAUUAUUAUUGGUGAAAUAUUUGUGGUGGAUGAAGGUUCUAAAGCACCUAUCACUAUUAACCAUCUCAAUGCCAGUGAUCCAGACACACUUGCUGAUGAGUUAGAAUUUGUACUGAUUUCUUCUCCUCAGUGUGGUUACAUAGAAAACACACUGCCUUCUCCAGGGUUUGAGAAAAGCAAUUCUGGCAUUAGUAUAGCUUCUUUCCUCCUGAAGGAUAUAAAAGGUUUAUUUAUCAACUACGUGCAGUCCAGACAUCAGCGGACAGAACCCACAGCAGACCAGUUUAUGCUAUAUGUCACAGAUGGGAAACAUCGAUCUAUGGAAAUGCCAUUUUAUAUUUUGAUCAACCCGACCAAUGAUGAAGCCCCUGAAUUUCUGGCAAGAAAUAUUACUGUACAAGAAGGGCAGAUGAAAGAAUUGGAUGCAUCUAUAAUAAAUGUGGUAGAUUUGGAUGUUCCCCAGGAUCACCUGAUAUUAUCCAUUUCAAACCCACCUCAGCAUGGGAUGAUUAUGAAUGGAAUUUAUGGGAGUGAUGUUGCACGCUAUAAACGACUGAGUCAAGCACAGCAGCACCGGGAAUCUCCUGUACAUGAUGUCACCAUAGAUCAGCUCAAGAAUGGGAUGAAGCUGAUGUAUGUGCAUGAUGACUCUGAGAACAUGGCAGACAGUUUCUCUGUUCAGCUCUCAGAUGGCAAACAUAAAAUACAGAAAGUUAUAUUUGUAAAUGUCCUUCCAGUGAAUGAUGAGAAUCCCACACUCGUCAGAAACACUGGCUUAGAGAUAGCUGUUGGUGAAACAAGGAUUAUUUCAAGUGUAGUGCUCUCAGCUGAAGAUAAAGACACCCCAAGGGACCAGAUUAAUUAUUUCUUUGAGGUGGUUCCACAUCAAGGAGAACUUCAGAUCAAGGUCAAUAAUCAUUGGUUUCCCAUCAGUGCUGGAAUGAAAUGCAGUCAGGAUGACAUUGACAUGAAUCGACUGCGAUAUGUGCAUGCAGGAGUCAUAGGCUCCAAAAGCAAGGAUAGCGUCAGCUUCUACCUUUGGGAUGGAGCCCAUCAAAGCCCUCAGCAGCAGUUCCACAUCUCAGUCAAGGAUAUGGAGAAAGGAGAGAUUACUAUGAUCAUCAGGCCACUUCUUGUAUCUAAAGGUGACAGAGUGCCUUUAACUGCUGCUGUCCUUUAUACAAUGGAUGGAACUGCCAGGCCAGAGAAACUACUUUAUGUGAUCACCUUGCCAACAAUGUACGGCCACCUAGAACAUGUAAACUAUCCAGGCAUGCCUGUAACAAGUUUCAGCCAAAUGAACAUUGCAUCACGAUCUAUCUAUUAUGUUCAUACCAGUAAGACAGCUGUCACAAGAGACACAUUCAGAUUUAUUGUCAACAAUGGUCUGUCGACCAGGAAUGGGACCUUCGAGAUCCACAUUGAAAAUGCUGACCAGGCCUUGCCUACUGUGCUGAAGAACGAGGGACUACAAGUGGUGGAAGGAGCCAUGAUGAUCAUCUCAUCAGAAGUACUGCAGCUCUCCGAUCCAGACACCCCACCCCAGAACCUCACCUACAUCAUAUACCAAUUUCCACAGUAUGGCCAGCUCUAUCGACAUGGAGCCUUACUUCAAGAAGACAACUUUACACAACUGGAUGUGGACAACAUGGAUGUGGCCUACCGGCAUGGGGGCGGGGGCUCCCAGAUUGACAGGUUCACCUUCAUUGCUUCUGACAGGAGUAACCAUGGCUUCAUAGUCAAUGGGAAAGUGCAGACAGAGCCUGUGGUGUUCACAGUUGUGGUUGAACAACUAGAAAGUUUUACUCCCAGAAUUGUCUACCUUCGCUGUCCCUCAGAAGUUGAAAAUUUGAAAGAUGGACGUUUUGGAAUUUACAUCACAUCUAAGAGUCUGAAAGCUUCUGAUCCAGAUAGCAAGGAUGAUGAAAUCAUCUUUCAAGUCUUACGUGGUCCUCAAUUUGGAUACCUGGAAAACACAACCACGGGGGAAUUCAUUCAAGGCAAGUUCACCCAAAUGGAUCUGAAUCGGCGGAAUAUUAUUUAUGUCAUAAACCCACAAACAGAGGUAACUGCAGACAGUCUGGAGUUUCACCUUUUUGAUGCAUCUGGGAAUUCUGCUCCACCUCAGAUCCUUGAAUUGAAAUGGUCUCGUAUUGAAAUGCUACAUUCAGAAUACAAAGUCUGUGAAGAUGUGGGAACACUGUCUUUAAAAAUCAGCCGAUCUGGUUAUACUAUGGAGUCUUCUUUUAUUGCAGUAAAGGUGACAGAAGUGUCUGCUUUGGCUGGAAAGGACUUCAUUUUGUGUCCCGCAAACUUAAUUCAAUUUGAUCCAGGAAUGACAACUAAGACCUGGAGUAUAACAAUUAUCAAUGAUGAACUUGAAGAAGGCACAGAAGUUUUUGAAGUGGCUCUGAAUUCCCCACUGAAUGCAGUUCUUGGCACCAAAGCCAAAGCUACAGUGACAAUUAUUGACUCAAGUCAAGAUUGCUGCAUUACUCCAAUUAACUCUGAGGCAGGAGGAGGCCAGGUGUAUCCCGUCACAAAAGAAUUCCAGCCACCACCACAUGGAAUGAUCCUGAUUGAAGAGAUUGCUCGGCAGUCAGUUGUAGAGACCCGAGGAGAUGUGCCCCAGGAGGAAGAAUUACCUGUUCGGAAAUCUUCAAAGCUUCUCCGAGCUGUUGGAAAUGGAAAAAGAGUUCACCCUUCUUCUGUGCACAGAAAUGGAACCGAUGUUGUGCUCACAUACCAUGGGAUUGUAUCUCUGAGGGUGGAGGAUGAAACUAAUCCAUCUGCUCCAGACAGGAAGGCAAAGAUACUGGUGAGGAAUCGAGGACAGCAAAGACCUCAUGAAAGUUUUUCAUUGCGAACAGACCAUGUGGUAGCAGAUAAAACAAUAUUAACUUCACAGAAGCUACUCAGAAGACAGGAACAUUCAUUUGUCUUUCCCAAGGAGUGCACUCACAGUUUGAAAGGGCUCCUACAUUACGAACUAAGUGUUAAUCAGUUAUAUAGAUGUGAUGGAGUUUCCUGGGCACCAUGGGACCGUAACAGUGAGGAUUUGAACCCUAAAAAAUGCCCCUCUGGCUGGGCAUAUCAUGACAGCCAUUGUUAUCAUCGUAACGUGGAGGAAAAAGUUGCCUGGAACGUUGCAGCCCGCAGCUGCAAAGAAAAAUAUCAUGCAAAUCUUGUCAGUGUCCUUUCCAAACAGGACAUGGAAUGGCUGUGGAAUUUCAGUGGAAGGAAGCCAUUUUGGAUAGGACUUAAUGACCGAGUAAAGACUGGCCAUUGGGAGUGGACUGGAGGUGAACCUGUUACUUUCACCAAUUGGAAAAUGGGCUCACCUCAGCCUUCAAAGAAGGGGAAAAACUGUGCUUUGGUAUGGAGAAGAGGAAAGUGGCAGGCAAGAGACUGCAGAAAGGGAAAAGGCCACUACGUGUGUGCUUUGAAUGUGUAAAUACAGCUGAAGGACAUAUUCCAUUUGAGAACCUUUGGGUACCAUACAACAGGGCUAUGAAGGUAGCAACGUAUACGGACACAUUUGCUUACAGAUUGAGCAGUGACGUGCUAUGCAGUAAAUUGACAUUCAGUGGAAAUAUAUGGGAUCUCAAUAUAGGUGGGCAAGUUAAAUUGUAAUUUUCUGUUUAAAAGAACAUCAGAUAACUGCAGAAUAUUUUUGUUACAAGUGGCACUGUGGUUAUUUCAUUUUGUAAACUAUGCAGGUUUGGAGAUAUCAUGCACUCCCACCAUAAGGAGUCACUUACAACAGUGUCUAUAGCUGGAUAUCUUAUUCACAAUAUUGUCAACAGAGUGAACAACCAGAUUAAAAUGGCUGAGCUCACAGUGCACUAAACUGCAUUAAGUGCAUUAAGCAUCUCAUAGAAGCGAACGGACACUUGUUCACAUAUAAUCCACUGGUGCUUAAUUUUCAUUGUUCUCAACAUGUAUCAUUUAGUGAAUGUCCUAACAAGGAGCAGCUGUCAACAUCUGGCAAUAAUUCCUGCUCUCCUGCUUCCAUUGUUUUUCUUUUGUGAGUACAGCAUAGUACAGUAUAGUACUCUUCCUGUAAUACAUCAAAAAAUGUUUGUUGCUCUUUCCCUCACACCUUAUGCUUUCAAGGUUUCACCAUACUCUUUAUAAGGUCAUUCAGUCCUCUAUUUUACAAGCAUGGACAGAGUCACAGGGCCCCAGUUACAACCAUACUGGGAGUCAGACAGUUUGUUUUAGUUGUACCCACAUACACACACCCUCAUCAGAAGCAUAGUGUAUAAUGAAGUCAUUGCUUGAAAGUGCACAUACUUCCAUAGUAGCUCCCUGCUAUCAAAGCCUGCCGAUACCAUCCCCUAUAACUUAUCAGCCUUACCAUAUCUGCUGUGGGCAGCUAGUUGAACCUGGUUAUUGAUGUUGAAGAUGGUGGUUCUCCUUUAUGCCAAUGGGUACUCUGAUAAAUCAUACUUUUAAAAAGAAGUUGAGAAAUGAAACCAAUAGUUAAAAUAACACAAUCUGUACAAAUGUGUAACUGAAAAGAAGUAUACACUGAAACAAGGCCCUGCAUGCUUGUUUCCUACAUGCCCCUUCACAGGGAAUCCUUUCAAUGGAAAGCCCUGGCAUGGUAUCUGUUUACUCACUUCAUUUGGCAAAUCUGUGUCUCUUAUCUAUUAACUGACAAAUGGUUCAGUAUAACUGAAUUAAUUAUUUCUUAUAUCACACUUGCACUGUGUGUGGGUUGCAAAUCAAAUCCUUAGUACUUUGAUAUUUUUAAUUGCUUCUUCCUGUUUUGCCUGCUGGCUGAUUAUAGACUAGCAGGAUUAGAAGUCAUGGUUAUGCCUUCUUCUGAGGUGCAUGUGUCUCUUGUAGAUAUGACAGACCACACAAGCUGUUGCCAAAGCACAUUCGUUUCCUUAGAAAGCACUGUAACCCAGGACUGGAACUCAUUUAUUCUGGUUCCUAAAGGCAGGUAGUCGUGAUAUUAAAACAAGAAAAUAUUUUCAGAAAGUAUGAAUAUUUUUGGUCAGUGCAUAAUUAACUACCUCCAUGUGGGAUCUUGGUGGCAGCAAACCACCCUGCUAAUUAGGGGUGUAGGCACACAGAAGAUGAGGGAUGCUGUAUGAGUUGAAUCAAAAGCUGAGCCCCACGUUUUCUAAUGAAAACAUCUGUGCUUCUUCAGCUGUCAUCGUUUAAACACAUAUUAGUUUCCUCCUUUUGCUCAAGCCUUGUAAUGUAGAAACUACAGCAACUGUUGAUUAAUUUAUGUUAUUGCAGUAGCGUCACAAAAAGGGAAAUCCAUAAUGGGAACAUUUCUGAAAGAACUUUCUGCUGUGCAGCACAAGUAACCCCCAGAAUAAAAACGUGUAAAAGAUGACCAACAUCUUCAUUUUACUGAGAUAGUGAUGCAAAAUCAGAAUCCCUCAGCAUUUUAGGGUUUUAAUACCAGCUUGCUGCCUGUUGAUUCUUUGUUCACUGAAGGUCAACUAACAACCAGAAACAUUUUUGUUAAAAAAAAUUUGUGACUAGACAUACCAAAGGCAGAGAAGUGAAAAGAUGUGAGACUUUGUCUGAUAGUGUAACACCUAGCAUCAAAAUUAUGGCUGAAUAUGAUGACUUCAGAAGGUAUACAGAUAAGAGUUCAAUUCCUAUAACUUUUUUUACAUACUAAUUCCGAAUAAGUCAUUUUGGGGCUGUCUUGUUCGGCUCCCUGGCAAUGCCUACAUUUGGUGCCCACACCAGAAAAGAAAACAAUUUUCUACAAAAUAUCACUUUGCCUUCAAAUACAGUUGCUAAAUUCUGACAAACUAGUUCUUUGCUUCAGAUUACAGUUCACUGACUGACUGGCUGUCAUUUAAUUUAAAGAAUAAUUAAAAGAUCCUGAUUAGCAAAGAGCUAUUCUGAAUCCACAGAAUCACUUCUUGCUGACUGUGUCAAAUACCUUUGCUGAACAUUAGCAACAAGCUGUACUGACUCCCUGCUACAGCUCCAAACAUGCAAACACUGACUGACUGUAAAUUAUUACCAGUAUUGUUGCAGAUAUAAAAUAGCACCUCUUAUACAGUACCGUCUGCACCCCAACAGCUUGAGCUCAGAGCAGCCUCCCUUAUUGGCCCAUCCUUCUCACCACUUUCAGUAAUUUAACUGUAUUGUAUUUUAUACCACCUGGAAAUGUGCCUCUCAAGCUGCAGACGUAGAAUAUGGGUACAAAGGCCCUUGAAAAGUAGAUACAUAAGGCAAAAAAAUCUGGACACCUAAUUAACAUAUAAUUUGAAUACCAAAUAGUGCACAACUCUUCCCAUUUCAAAUAGGAUUAUUUAAUACUACUCAGAAGCAAUUAAACAAUCUGAGUAAUAUAUAAGUGUAUUAUGAACAACACAGUGUAAAAUCUGAAGAUUUUAAUAAAAUUUACUACAAAAAUCUGUCUGACAAAGUAAUUUGUUUCUUCUUCUGAAAAAUGAAAAUGUAAAAUGUGGGUCCUUUUUCUUUAAAUUAUUGGUGCCACCGAUAUACUGGUCAUGUGGUCUAGUUUCCUCUGUAUUAAACAAACAGCUUUAAAAUCAUAUGUGAUUGGUGGCGGUAUUGAGAAAAUUACGUGAAGGGAUAAAUCAAGCCUGAAAAUAAAUACAGACCUCCAAAAAUAGGUGCUUCAUGCAAAGUGAUGAAUCAAGCUUGCAGAUAUGUACAAACCUCCAAAAUAGGUAAAGCUGAGAGGGCUGCAAAAGUCACCUGUUUAACAAAGAUUUAUGACUAAGUAAAAAUAAUGUAUACUACUGUAUGUAUGCAUUUUUCCCCACGAAACUCAAUAGUUUGCGUUCAUCUGUAUAUCCAGUUUUUAACGAAUUAGACAGUAGCAACCCUGUCCUCCCAUUUUGAAGUUUAUGACAUAUACAUUGACAUUAGAUGCUUCAAAACAGAUCACAAUUAAAUCCUGAUUAAGACGCCUCUUUCUGUUGGCUGCAAAUACUUUUCUUUCAGUUUUAAGAUCAUGAUAAAAACAACAAAGUCCCUGAUUGGCUGACAGACCUACAAAAGCAGACAGUAGCCAUAAGCCCAGAGUUUGCAGCUCGUGUUCUCGUUUCAUGAAUAUACGCACACUGUAUACGCUAGUGAGAUACUGCAUUAUCUGUGUUACUUAAAUGCCGUCUUCAUCUGUUUUUAAACCAUUGUCUCCAAAGCAGAAAAUAAGGAACUCAUCAGUUCAUAUCAGAUGUGACCUUUUGAAAUAGCAAGGGAGGUCUCAAUCAAAGCCAGAUGCUAAAUUUAAGGUCUCUGACCAACACUAUGUCCUUAUGUAGAUACAGUGUUCUGGGCAUUAUUAUUGUGGACUGACUAGAUAUUGUUGAACUCUAACAAGUCAGCACCAAAAAUUCAAAAUACGUUAUACAUACAUCAGACAGCAGCAUGUGACAAAAAUAAACAAGUUCAUGGCAGUUGCUACCUUCUCAUUCCUUUAUUCUUGCUCUUUGUAAUAUAAUUAACAUAAAAAUAAAGCUACAACCAUUUUGCCUCUGCCAGUGAAACUAUACCUCAUUAUGUCUGAAAAUGAACCCAUUUACAGCUCAAUACACAGAACAGAGUUUGAUCCUGUAUAUAGAUCAAUCAACAGGAGUGGCAGGAAGGAAUGGAUGCAAGCAUGCCUGAAAACACAGCGAAAAGUAUAUUAUUACAACUCUGCAUUUUCCACUGUCUUGACAUUGUGUCUACCACCCCCAUUCCCAUAGUCCUACUCCUGCAAAUUUCUUUAAAUGAUUCUAUUUGAGUUUUGCAGGCGUUCCUGAUGCCAUUUAAUAUAAUUAGUCUGCCAUUAUCCAUAUUAACCUCAUUUAUCUGUCUUUAUAUGGGUUCUGAUGCAACAUUCUGCUGUUUUAGUCACUGUCUUCCAGAGGCAACAGUCUUUCUACAACAAGGAUGUAUUAGAAAAAAUGAAGGAAAUGAUAUUCCCUGUUUCAGGGAGGAAAAUAAACAGUACUUCAAAAAAACUGUGCAAGCUUUCAGCAGCGGCCUUUCUUCACAUGAGCUGGGGUACAGCAUAAAUAAUGGCAUCAUAAAAGUGUUGUUUGUACAUUUCUGUGUAAUGCACAUA